AGCUCUGCAGGCUGUAACCUAAAGAUUAUGGAGUAGUUAAGAUUAGUUUAAAAUUGUAAACAUGUUCUACUCCUCAAAGGCUGUAUCUAACUUGUAGUUGUGGCCAGAACGUGAAAAACUUAUAUCAGAUUAUAUAUAUGUUAUCUGAUAAUCUCAAAUUCUUACAAUCUCACUAAUUCAAUCUCAAAACUCCAAUCUAGCUUCCUUACCUUGUUUUUUCUAUUGCCCUUUCUACCCUUCUUUCAACUUCUUUCUUCCCUCUUCUUUUGUCAUCUUUCUCUCCUCACUGCUAUUCUUUCCUUUUCUUCUGUUAUCCUUUAAUUGCUAUCUUGCUUCUCGUCUUCCUUUCGCAAUUCCAAGAACACAUACAACAAUUUGAAAGCAAGUAAGAAUCAUGGUUGGUUUAGCUGAUAUUCCAAUCGUGGGGAAACUUGUGGACAGAAUAUCUGAUGCUGCAGUUGACACCAUCUUCCGUGGAUUCCGUUACAUGUUCUUUUACAAGCAUCUUGUGAAGACUCUCGAUUCUCAAGUCGAAAAAGCUAACACUGAGGAGGAGAGGGUGUCCAGAAAAGUUGCUGCAGAAAGAGCUAAUGGUAAACUAAUCGAGCCUCAUGUAGAUAAGUGGCAGAAAGAGGCUGAAGAAAUCAAGGAGAGCGCCGAAAAGUUUGCAGAAGAAUACAAAAACAGACAAUCAUGGAGGUGCAUUCAGUGUGUGCCUAUUCCUAACCCUGUCUCUCGUUUUCGACUUGGCAGAGAGGCGGUGAAGAAGACUGAGAGGCUGACUGAGCUCAUUGAUUCCGGAAAGGAGCUCUUGGCUAAUGAAAUUGCACAUCUUGCAUCACCUGAAAAUUUACCCAAAAGUAAUACAGAGUUCCAGGAAUUUCAAUCCAGAAAUGAAUCUUAUGGGGAGCUAUGGCGCAAGUUGACCACUGAUAGCACUCCGAUCAUUGGUAUAUAUGGAAUGCCAGGAGUGGGGAAAACGAGGAUGAUGGAACAACUAUGGAAAGAAGCCAAGGAGAAGAUGAUCUUCAAUAAGGUCACGAGAGGGAACGUCGGUAAUGGUAAUCUGGAUGUGAUACAACUACAGAAACAGAUUGCUGGGCAUCUUGAGUGCCACUUUGAAUCGGAAGAUAAUGCGGAAAGCAGAGCUUCUCAGCUGAAGCAAAGUUUAUUGAAUGUGGGCAAGACCCUCGUCAUACUAGAUGAUGUAUGGAGGGAAAUUCCUCUAGAUGUUAUUGGAAUUCCAUGUUCUAUGGGUUCCAAGAUUCUCUUGACAUCUCGAGAGGAAAAUGUAUGCUUUCGUAACAAUUGCAAGACUCUUGUUAAGCUUACACCGCUGCCAAAUGAUGAGGCGUGGGGUCAGUUCAAGAACAUUGUCGGUACUGCUCAAAUUGAUUCUAUGCAUGAUGAGUCUCUGGCAAAGAAAGUGUGUGACAAAUGUGGGGGUUUACCGCUCCUAAUUCAUGCAAUCAGUAAAGCUCUGCAAUUCCAAACUCACAAUUCAUGGGUGGAUGCAUUUGAACAACUUGAGAAGGGUGAAUUUGUAAACAUUCCUGGAGUAGAACCACAAGUAUAUGCUUGUGUAGAAUUGAGUAUCAAUAAAUUACAUGGCGAUGCCAAGUCAUGUCUCUUUUUGUGUUGCUUGUUUCCGGAAGAUUAUAACAUUCCUAUCGAGAGGCUGAUCCAGUUGGCAACAGGGUCACAGCUUGUAUCUGGGGAAUCUAGGGUACUAUCAAUGGUUGAUACUCUCAGAUCAUCUUCUUUGUUGCUCGAUUGUGAAGAAGAUGAUAGUAUCAAACUUCAUGACGUCAUCAGAGAUGUAGGGAGAUCUAUAGCGUUCAUAGAUCGAAAAUUUGCAUUUUUACAGGUAACAUGUGACGUGCGGUUGGUUCAUGAUGCUGAUUUUGUGAUCACCAAAUUCUUACGUUUAGAUCUGGGUGGUGAUAAUAUUCAUAUCCCUGAUGAUCUUGUAUGUCCAGAUCUGCAUAGCUUGUGGAUACAAUUCAACAAUGUCUCACGCGGCUUCUCGCGUACACAACAAUUCUCAGGUGGCUUCUUCAGUUUAUCUGCGAAUCUUAGAUUUUUAUUUCUUGUAGAUACCUUUCCUCCUUCAAAGCUGCAGUUCUCUCUUCAACCCUUGGGUAAACUAAGGACGCUGAUUUUUGAUAAUUGUGACCUGACUCAAAUUAACAACACAAAUGGUGGCUUUUUUCCGGAAUACCUAGAAACUCUCUGCAUUUCGGAUGGGCCUUUUCCAGAACCUCUAGAUUUAUCAAACCUGAAAUACCUUCGAAAGCUAGAAAUCAAGGGGAGUGGGAGGCGAUUGAUAAUGAAGCCAAAUACCAUAUCCAGCCUAUCCGGACUAGAACAAUUGCAUAUACCCGGAGGAUUUGAGAUUUGGCGUGAUGAUAGUUCUGUUGUUGCGAAACCCAUUUUGGUCGAGAUUAAUGCACUAACCCACUUGAAAAGUUUGCAGAUGAAAUUUCAAACAUCUGAGCCUUUUCAAGAUACCAAGAUAUUUGAUAAUCUAAAAUUAUUUAAUAUACUUGUGGUUAGGGGUUUGUCAUAUUAUGACAAAGCAGAUCUGUCUUACAAGACAUCAAUUGAAUUGGAAGGCUAUCAUAAAGAAAGCUUGAAAAGUCUGGUAGAGAGGGCUGAAUAUGUGCAACUGAAGCACAGUGAUAUUAAUGGGAUUGGUAGUAUCCUUGAUAACAACAGGGAAUUGAGAAAGCUGCACCUUGAAGAAUGUAACGAAAUGGAGCAUCUAGCAAGUAUGUCACAGGGUGAGAUUCAGCUUAGCCAGCAGACAUCUUUUUCUAAACUAACCUGUUUAGAAAUUAAAAGAUGCCGCGGUUUAAAAUACCUCUUCUGCAACUCUGUUGCAAAAUGUCUCACCCAGCUCCAAAAAUUGAUGAUAAAAGAUUGUCAUGUGAUAGAAGUAAUAAUAAUAAAUGAAGGCUCAACUAAUGGAGAUAUCAUACACUUCUCCAAAUUAGAAGAAUUGGAGCUAAGCAAUGUGCCCAGACUCAGAACCUUCUACGGGGCAAAUAAAGACACCGUCAUGCAGCCCUCAGCUCAGUUUCCACCUCUAUUCCAUAGAAUGGUUGAAUUUCCUUCACUAGAGAUAUUGAAAAUCUUCUAUGUAGAAGAUGCUAGUGAUAUUUGGGAGAGUGAUUAUAAUAAUGACAGCAGAUCUUUUUGCAAAUUAAAGAGCUUCUCUUUGGAUUACUGUAGUAGAUUUGAAACGGUGAUUCCAAUUGCCAUGUUGCAUAAGCUACAGAAUUUGCAAUCCUUAAGCAUAAGUGACUGUAGUUCAGUGAUCUCCGAAGUUGGCUUAGAUGGCAAGAACAUAGACGUAUGCCCACUACUCGCUUUAAGUGUUAUGUAUCUAAAGGGAUUGCCAUGUUUAGAAGAAACAGGGCUCAACUUAAGGAACAGUUCUACUGCAACAAAUUUGUAUCCAAAUCUUAAAACACUUGAAAUAUUCAGAUGUCAUAACCUGAGAAACGUGUUCAGACAUUCUUCUGUUUUCAGAAGUGUUGUGCACCUUGAGGAAAUCAAGUUAGAAGAGUGCAAAAUGAUGAGAGAGAUCAUAGGGGAAGGUGAACAAGAAGAAAUCACUCAUCAUGUCUUGGUGUUUCCUAAGUUAAAGGAUUUGAGGUCAAAGCAUUUGUCAACUUUGAGCCGCAUUUGGUACAAUAAGGGGGAGGAAGUAAAGGUUGAAUUCCCUAGCUUGAUGGAUUUCGUACUAGCCAGGUGUGGGAAAGUUAAUCUGGAAUCGAUAGAAUUCAGCAGCCAACUAAAGAGCUUGAAUAUAAGUUGUGAUGACGAGAUACAACUUCCGUCUGAAUGGCAACCUCGAUUACAUAAUCUGGAAACACUCAUUUUGAGUCGGGUUUGGUGGCAUGAGCUCAAAUCUUUACAGUUUCCAAGGCUGAAGGUGCUUGAAGUUCGCAGCUAUUGCGGAGGCUCUGCUCUUUUCACAUUCUCAGGCUUUAGAAGUCUACAACAACUCCAAGAACUAGAAAUUUCAGAUUGUGCUUUCUUGCAAGAAAUUGUGGAGGAUUUUGAAAUGUCUGGGAUGAAUAGCAAGACUAUCACGCUCUCUCACCUGGAGAUAGUUGUUCUAAAGAAUUUACCAAAACUGAAAAGUAUUAUUCAUGGAGCAAAUUAUGGGUGCCGUAUCCCGUCUUUACGGGAAGUGUUUGUUGAGAAUUGUGGACUCUCUUCUCUUUUUUCAUUCUCAGAGUUUACACGUCUCAGACGUUUAGAUAUAUCAAGUUGUGCUCUGUUGGAAGAAAUUGUGGAGGAUAUUAGGAGUGAUGAGGUUUCCGGCAUGAAUAAAAAGACUAUUACACUCUCUCAACUGGAGUCAGUUACUCUUAAAGAUCUACCAAAGCUCAAGAGUUUUAUCUACAGUGCAAAUCAUGAGUGUUUACUUCUGCCAGAUUUGCGCUCUCUUUCAGUCAGUAAUUGUGGGCUCUCUUCUCUUUUCAUGUGCUCUGGAAGUCUACAAAGUCUAAGAGACUUAAAAGUACGGGAUUGCAGAAUGUUGGAAGGCAUCUUUGAGUAUGCAAGGGGAGAUGAAACUUCUGGUACAAGUGAACAGAGUUUUAUCUCCCUCUCAGAACUCGAGACACUUGAACUUAAAAAUUUGCCAGACCUCAAAAGUUUCAUCCACGGUGCAAAUUACGACUGCUAUAUGCCGGCUUUAAAAUUUAUGAGAGUUCAUGACUGUGGAUUCUCUACUCUCUUCACAUGCUCUGUUUUCAGGAAUCUCCUAAAACUCAGAGAAUUGGAAGUAUCACAUUGCAUAUUGUUAGAAGACAUUGUCGAAGAUGCAAGGGGUGAUGACACAAAUGACAAGACUAUUACACUCCCUGAACUCGCGGUUAUUCAACUUGUAAAUCUGCCAAAUCUCAAAAGUUUUGGCCCUAAUGAAAGCUAUGCUUUCAAUAUGCCCAGACUAUAUUAUUUUGAUCUGGUUGGGUGUCCCCGGGCACAGAAUUUCACUUGCUUGAAUGCAAAUACAGGAAAGGAAUAUGUUACAUAUGUAGAAUAAUGGAAAAGAGUUCCAGACUACAGACUAUUUAAACAGGAAGACGGGCAGCGCCAGAGAUGAAAUGUCUAGGGGCCUGGAACAGGUCUAUUUGUUUAAGAGAGUGUUCAGUACUGCAAAUUUUGUAUUUGUGAGUUCUUUUACACUUAUCAGUUGAGUUCA